AUGGCGGUGAUUGCGAUCGUCCUUGUUAGCGCGCUGGUGCUGCUCUCGCCGGUGGCGGCCGAGCUGCAGCGGGUGCAGCACUCGCCCAAGGAGGACGGGUCACUCACCGUGCUCGCCGUCGGGGACUGGGGAAGGGGUGGACAGUACAACCAGACACUGGUUGCCGAGCAGAUGGGAGUGGUCGGCGAGAAGCUGGCCGCCGACUUUGUCAUCUCCACCGGCGACAACUUCUACAACGACGGCCUCGCCGGCGACAACGACACGGCCUUCUUCAUGGCGUCCUUCACCGACAUCUACACCGCCUCCAGCCUUCAGAAGCCUUGGUACAUCGUCCUCGGCAACCACGACUACACGGGCGACGCGCUGGCGCAGCAGAGCCCCGCCAUCCGCGAGGUGGACAGCCGGUGGACCUCCGUCAACAAGUCCUUCAUCGUGGAGGCAGACAUCGUUGACUUCUUCCUGGUGGACACGUCGCCCUUCGUCCUCAAGUACUGGAACGAGAGCAAGUUCGACUGGAGGAACGUGGCUCCCCGCGACACCUACAUCGCCACCCUCCUCCAGGACCUGGACGACGCCCUGGCGGCGUCCAACGCGACGUGGAAGGUCGUCGUCGGCCACCACCCCAUCAGCAGCGGCUGCGAGCACGGCAACACCACCGAGCUCCGCGAGCACCUCCUACCACUCCUCAAGGCCCAUGGGGUUGACAUGUACCUCAACGGUCACGACCACUGCCUGCAGCGCAUCAGCAGCAUCGACAGCCCGGUGGAGUUCGUGACGAGCGGCGGCGGGUCCAAAGCGUGGGCGGGCAAGUUCAAGGCCACGUCUGACAAGAUGGAGUUCUUGUAUGACGGCCAGGGCUUCUUGUCCAUGAAACUCACCGCGACCGAGGCGCACCUCGCCUUUUACGACGUCUCCGGCGCCGUCUUGCACAGCUGGGGGCUCACCAAGUCUGCGGAUGCCCGCAUCAUCUCGACCGUGAGCUAG